UAACAUUUGCGCAUGCGUCACUUGGUUAGCUUCUUUCCAUUUAUCGCUAUGGUUUAAGCUCUCCUUUUAGCAGCACAAUCCUUUGAAGUACUCAAAUACAUUUAAAAUACAUCAUCAAGCAGAAGUCAUUUGAAUAUUGGCGAAGAAGAGCUGCGUGUGAAAGUACACAACGAAGUUGGCGUGUUUAAUCUGUCGGGAGACCGUUUUAUAAUGCAUAAGGAUACACCGUCGUGUCGCUAGCUUAGCAUAGCUAGCCAGACGAUUUAACCUGUGUCGCGGAUGGGUUCACCGCACAAGUUUCUCUUGAAAAACAAACUAGCGGGUCUUUAGCCAGCACCAUGGACACAGCCGAGGAAGCUGAUAUUUGCCGCGUGUGUCGCUCAGAGGGCACCCCAGACAAACCCCUGUACCACCCGUGUGUCUGCACUGGCAGUAUCAAGUUUAUCCACCAGGAGUGUUUGGUCCAGUGGCUGAAGCACAGCAGGAAGGAGUACUGUGAAUUAUGCAAGCACCGAUUUGCUUUCACACCAAUUUACUCCCCAGAUAUGCCCUCACGUCUGCCCAUUCAGGACAUCUGUGCUGGCCUGCUGACCAGUGUGGGCACAGCGAUCCGCUACUGGUUUCACUACACGCUGGUUGCCUUCGCAUGGCUCGGGGUGGUUCCCCUCACUGCAUGUCGCAUCUACAAGUGUCUCUUUACAGGCUCUGUGAGCUCUCUCCUGACGCUGCCGUUGGACAUGCUCUCUACAGACAACCUCCUAGCAGACUGUCUACAGGGUUGCUUUGUUGUCACCUGCACCUUGUGUGCGUUCAUCAGCCUGGUGUGGCUCAGAGAACAGAUCGUGCACGGGGGCGCCCCUCAGUGGCUGGAACAGCAGCAGCAGCAGCCGCCGCCAAACGUGGCUGGACAAGCUAAUGAGGCCCAAGCUGCAGGUCAGGGAGCCGCUGAUGAGCCCCCCGUAGCCCAGCCGGCCCCCGCCAAUCCGCCAGCUCAGAACGACGCUGAACCUGAACCCCCUGAUGCCCCCCCAGACCAGGCUGAUGAUCCUGAAUUGGAGGAGGAGGGACCUGCCGCUGAAGAUGCAGAUCCCAACAACGGAGCACAAGAUGACAUGAACUGGAAUGCCUUGGAGUGGGACAGAGCAGCAGAGGAGCUCACCUGGGAGAGGAUGCUCGGCCUGGACGGGUCUCUGGUGUUUUUGGAGCAUGUGUUUUGGGUCGUGUCCCUGAACACGCUCUUCAUACUGGUGUUUGCCUUUUGUCCCUACCACAUCGGGCACUUCUCAGUUGUUGGUCUCGGCUUUCAGGAAUACGUUCAAGCAUCUCACUUUGAAGGUCUGAUCACAACAAUUGUUGGCUACGUGCUGCUGGCCAUGACUCUCAUCCUGUGCCACGGACUCGCCGCUCUGGUCAGGUUCCAGCGCUCCAGACGUCUCCUCGGAGUCUGCUACAUCGUUGUCAAGGUGUCCUUGCUAGUUGUCGUGGAGAUUGGUGUUUUUCCUUUGAUCUGUGGCUGGUGGCUUGACAUCUGCUCAUUGGAAAUGUUUGACGCCUCGCUGAAAGACAGAGAGCUGAGUUUUAAAUCGGCUCCUGGUACCACCAUGUUCCUGCACUGGCUGGUGGGAAUGGUUUAUGUCUUCUACUUUGCAUCGUUCAUUCUUCUCCUAAGAGAGGUGCUGCGACCUGGAGUGCUGUGGUUUUUGAGAAACCUGAACGACCCGGAUUUUAACCCGGUGCAGGAGAUGAUCCACCUGCCCAUCUACAGACACCUGCGGCGGUUCAUCCUGUCCGUGGUGGUCUUCGGCUCCAUCGUGCUGCUCAUGUUGUGGCUGCCCAUCAGGCUGAUUAAAGUCAUGCUGCCCACGUUCCUGCCCUACAACGUGAUGCUCUACAGCGACGCACCUGUUAGUGAGUUGUCUUUGGAGCUGUUGCUGCUCCAGGUUGUGCUUCCUGCUCUCCUGGAACAAGGACACACCCGUCAGUGGCUGAAGGGUCUGGUCAGAGCCUGGACCGUCAGCGCUGGCUACUUAUUAGACCUUCAUUCCUACCUGCUCGGGGAGCAGGAAGACAACGAAGCCAACCAAGCAGCGAACAACAACAACAACCCCCCCAAUGCUCAUCAAAACAACAACAACCCGGCCCCAGCUGUUGGGGAGGGGCUACAUGCAGCGCACCAGGCCAUCCUCCAGCAGGGGGGGCCUGUGGGUUUCCAGCCAUACCACCGUCCCCUCCGCUUCCCGUUUAGGAUUGUUCUAUUGAUCAUAUUCAUGUGCAUCACCCUGCUGUUGGCCAGUUUGGUUUGUUUAACUCUUCCAGUGUUCACAGGCCGCUGGCUGAUGUCCUUCUGGACGGGAAGCUCUAAAAUCCACGAGUUGUACACAGCAGCAUGCGGCCUGUACGUCUGCUGGCUCUCUGUGCGCGGCAUCACCGUUCUGCUGGCCUGGAUGCCACAGGGACGCAUCGUAAUCAUGCGCAAAGUCCAGGAGUGGACACUCAUGAUCCUGAAGACUCUUGUUGUGGCUUUGCUGGUUGCUGGAGUCAUUCCCCUGCUACUGGGCCUGCUCUUUGAACUGGUCAUCGUGGCUCCACUCAGAGUGCCACUGGACCAGACGCCUCUGUUUUAUCCCUGGCAGGACUGGGCUCUCGGGGUCCUUCAUGCCAAAAUCAUUGCAGCCAUCACCCUCAUGGGCCCUCAGUGGUGGCUGAAGGCCGUUAUUGAGCAGGUUUAUGCAAAUGGAAUUCGUAACAUUGAUCUCCAGUUUAUUAUCCGAAGGCUGGCAGCUCCUGUCAUCACGGUCCUGCUGUUGUCUCUGUGUGUGCCGUACGUGAUCGCUGCCGGAGUGGUGCCCGCCGUGGGAGUUACGGCUGAGAUGGAGAUUUUAAUGCAGAGGAGGAUCUACCCAUUCCUCCUGAUGAUCGUGUCACUCGUUGGGAUUCUGUCUUUUCAGAUCAGACAGUUUAAACGCCUUUAUGAACACAUCAAGAAUGACAAGUAUUUGGUUGGUCAGAGGCUCGUCAACUACGAACGUAAAUCCGGCCGAGCGAGCUCAGUCCCGCCCUCCGACCCCAUCGCAGAGUGAAUUCUCACCUCCAGCGUGUGCCACAUGUUUGCAUCUUCUCUGCUCAAUCCUUAGAUUUCAGCUCAGUCCUCAUAGAGUAAUCCUACUAAAUCUUCUGUGGAUCAUAGUAGAUUUGAUGGAUUGUGUUCAGUCUCUUUCACACCCACUGAAGACGGGAUGGGAAACUCAUACAGUCCUGAUGGCGGGACGGCCCAGUUCUAUUUCAACCAAACGGUGUAGGCAGAUAAAGUAAAGGUUUGAUCUUAAUCCAUCGUCCGUAUUGUCGCUCAUGCCUUGCUUUAAGUGCUGCCUGAUUAAUUGUACAUGUGUAAAUACUCUGAACACAGACUUUGUCUUACGAAAUUGGACAGUUGUGAAUAACUGACCAUUGUACAUCUUUAAACCGUAUGUAUAAUUUAUUAAAUCAAAGUGACCGUU